GCGCUCCGGUUGGAGUCGCUGAAACGGGCGGGGUGGGGCGGGGCCGGGCAAGUUUGUUUCCCGAGUUUAGAGGCGAGGAGCCCGUACCGCUGUCACGCAGGUGCCCUGGGCCUGGUUCGGGAUGGAGCUGCCCGCCGUGAACCUGAAGGCAAUCCUCCUGGUUCACUGGAUGCUGACAACUUGGGGUUCCAUUGUAUUCUCGGGCCCUUAUGCCUGGGCCAACUUCACCAUCUUGGCCUUGGGCGUGUGGGCUGUUGCUCAGAGGGACUCCAUCGACGCCAUGAGCAUGUUUCUUGGUGGCUUGGUGGCCACCAUCUUCCUGGACAUCAUCCACAUUAGUGUCUUCUACCCGCGGGAGUACCUCACGGACACAGGCCGCUUUGGGGCCGGCAUGGCCAUCCUCAGCCUGAUCCUCAAGCCGUUCUCCUGCUGCUUUGCCUACCACAUGUACCGGGAGCGCGGGGGCGAGCUCCAGCUUCAUGUCGGUUUCCUCGGACCCUCGCCAGAGCGCAGUGCCUACCAGACUAUUGACUCACCAGAUGCGCCCAACAACUCCUUUGCAGGCCCAGAGAGCAAGGGUCAGGUGGCCCACGGGUACUGAAGCCAGGCCUGCCCCGGCUGAUCCCACUGGGGCUGUAUCGCCUUCCUCGUGCCUUAGAGGCCAUUCUAGGGAUGCCCAUGACCUCCCUUUCUCGGACCUCAGAUGGAACAUGUCCUCCCAUUCCCCAUCUCAGAGGCUGCCUGCAGCAACUGCCUGGAGAGGCCAGAAGCCCCCGUGCACCCCCACCCCAUGCACGUAUCUGCCCCAGAUUUUCCAAGCCUUCCCUCCUCUCCAUCACCUCACCAGUCCCCAGGCUGGGAACCAUAAUCUCUGUCCCCAUUGCCUGCCCCUUAGCUGCUCUGUGCAGGCCUCAGACCAAACCAUGCCUGAGCCUGGCAGGAUCAGGUACCUAUGGGCCAGUGAUGCCCCCUGCCCACUCCUUACCCCCUACUUGUCAGGCUUAUCCGCAGAAGCUCUGAUAGCUUUGGGCCAAGCUCAGCCCAGGGGCAUUGCGGCAUGGGAAUGAGGUCCCAGUGUUUCUCACUGCCUGAUCACAUGGUGCCUGGAGACCCCCGGGCUGGAGGCAGGGGUGUCUGUGGUACCAGAGAUGCUGCCACAGCCGCCAGCUGCCUUCAUGGAACCCUGGCAUUAAAGUUUGGGGAAUCCUGUUGCUGAGCUGUGUUUUGAGCCAUAUUUAAUCCCCUGACUAGGCUGGGGCCUGGGGCUUGCCAUUCCUGGAAGGAUUUCUCAUUCUGAGUUCACAGGUGGAAUCUGGGUUUAGCUGCCACUUCUGUUGUGACAGGAGGAAGCAGGGCUCGGGGCACCAGCUGGGGCCUGCCCUGCAUCCAGCUCAGGCCUAGCUGUGUGGUGUGGCAACUGGCUGUUCAUUUCUUCAAGUCAGAGGACCUGGGAAUUGGUUUGAACUCUGCUCUGCCACUUACUAGCUGUAUGACCUUAGGCAACUUAGCAUCUCUGACCUCAGAGUCUUCUGGGAAAGGGCCAGUGCUGCCCAUGGGGUGACUAUGCAAAUCACUUGUAAAGUGCAUGGCCUGAGGAAGGGCUUCGUAAAUGACAGCCAAGUGACUAGCAGUGGAGUCAUUUUCUGAACCUGUGAUGAUAAAUUGGGAUGGGAGUUGAGGCACGGCAGCAGCAUUUCCCGGCAGACCUUGUGUCCUGGUCACAGCUGACUUGGACUGGCAUGUCUGGAAGCUCCAUGGGUCCCCAAGCAAGGGCCCCACCCCACUUUGGAUCUGGGCAUUCACAGUUCACUCCUCCCCAGAGGCCCACAGGGGUGGCCACUGGGCCCCAGGUGCCUGGGCUUUCCCAGGCCAUCCUGGCUUCUCCCUGGCACUGAGAGAUCAAAGCCUGGUGCACAGCCCCCACAAUUGCCCUGUAUCCAUCUGUCAAUCAAAAAAGGCUAAGUGCCUGCUGUGUGCUGGGCUACAGCUGUGAACUCAGGUGCCUGCUAGUGGGGAAGGAGACACUAAACGAUUCCUCUCAUCAGAAGGGAGUCCCUGGGUGGUGCAAAUGGUGGAACGUGCUCGGCUGCUAACUGAAAGGUUGGAGGUUCGAGUCUACCCAGGAUGCUUUGGAAAAAGGCCCGGAAAUUUACUUCCAAACAUUAAGCCAUUGAAAACUCUAUGGAGCACAGUUCUACUCUGACACACAUGGGGUCACCAUAAGUUGGGGUAGACUUGAGGGCAACUGGUUCUCAUCAGAGGAUUUCAGACUGAGGCAAGAGCCCUGAAACGGAACACUGGCCACCUGGCGGGCGAGGGAGGCUUCCGGGAGAAGAGAGUCUGCUCUGGGGCCACGGGGUGCUGAGUGGGUGCAGUUGUGGAAAACCGGAAACAGCCUGUCAGAAUGAGAUGGACAGGUAAGAUGUGUUACAUUCGUUCUGUGGCAUACUAUUGAGCAAUUAAAGUGAGUAAACUGAACCUAACGAUACCAACAUUGACCCCCCUAAAUGUGAACAAAACAUUGCAGAAUGGUAUGCAAUAUGAGAGCAUUGGUGUGGAUUUUUAAAAUCUCAAAACUAAACCAUAUGUUGUCCGUGGGUGUACGUGGGGUAAGAGUAUAAAAUGUGGACUAACCAGUUGCCAUCGAGUCAGUUCUGACUCAUGGUGACCCCAUAGGUGUCAGAGUAGAACUGUGCUCCAUGGGGUCUUCAAUGGCUGAUUUUUUUUUUUUUUGGAAGUAGAUAGCCAGGCCUUUUACCAAGGUGCUUCUGGGUGGACACUUGCCAAAUCCAUGACUGUGAUGGUCUGGGGGUGGUGUGGCCUGAGGGAAUGGGUCUAAAUCGCAUGCUCUCUUUCUCUUGUUUAUACCAGCGCCUGGCACACAGAAAGCUUGCUGUGUAUGUGCUUGUGUAGAAUGGGGAAGCAGGGCAGGGCAAGGAAAGAAGCCAAGCAAGGGUGUGACCUCAGGCAAAGUCCUACAGGCAGAGCCUCAGCCUGGUCCCACUGGGGCACUCUGGAGUGUGAGUGACACCUCAGAGCGGGUGGCUUGAUGCCAAGCAAGGGAGCUGGGCUUUCUCAGUCACUGGCCAAGGGCUGUUCUGGAGCCAGGGAGGGAGGACUUAAAUUCUCAAGCACUCUGGUUCCCAAACCCUGUAGGCGAAGUGGCCCCAGGAGCCCAAGGGCCAUCAUCCAAGGAGAGUUUCAGGGAGAGGGCCAUCAGAAAGGCACAGAAACGGUGAGGGGCACCAGUGUGGCUGCCCCCUUUCCAAACAGCAGUCCCCAAAAGGAAACCUGCUAACAUUCAUUCAGCAAACGCUUAAACUCAGAGCCUACUGUGAGCUGGGAGUGUUCGAGACACCAGGGAUAUCAGAGUGGAAAAAUGUCCCUGGCCCCCAGGAGCAGAGAUGGACGUGAUCUGACUUACAUUCUACAAGGACGCUAAAGGGCUUGUUCGUGGCUUGGACCAGGGAUAGGGAGAGGUGGCAGAAUGUGGUGCUGGGCUAGAUGCAGGAGAAAGGAGUCAAUGAUUGCAGGGUUUGGGGCCUGAGCAGCUGGAAGGCUGCAGCCACCAUUAACAGGGAGGGGAGGCAGGCAGGUUCAGGGCAAGGUCAAGAGUUGAGUCCUGGACGGGCCAAGCUGGAGGUAACAGACAUUCUCACCACACUGUUCUUUUAAAAAGGCCCUUUUAUGAAGGGACUUUUAAGUAGGACACCCUCCAGGUUUCUGUCUAUAGUGUCUAACAUCUAGAGACGGUCAGCCACAGGAAGCAAAUGUCUCUUGCCUCUGGUCUCCUGCUGGGGAGGGCUGAAGUCACUUUUCCAGUUUGCAAAUUUUAUUGUUACUUACUGUCCUCACAAAGCUGAGCCCUCCAGAUGCAGAAGCCAGAGAAAUUGCCCCAGGGGGGAUCAUUGCCCUCUAGUGGUGAGAAUUAGAGCAGAGCAGAGCCUCACACCUGUCCUGAGAGUGCCCAAAGGAACAGCCACCAAUUCCAACUCGCACAGCCUCCCUUCAAACCAGUUCAGGAGCCAGCGAGCCUAGGUUCAAAUCCCAACUGUGCCCAAUGACAAGCUGUGUUAUAGACGACUGGACAGCCUCUUAACCUCACUGUGCCUCAGUUUUCUCAUCUGAAAAAUGGAGAUAAUAGUGCUGACCCUCAAUGAAAUCGAUUGACAUAGGAGCUACAACAAUGGGUUCAAAUGUAACGAUUGUGAACAUGGUGCAGGACCAGGCAACAUUUCAUUCUGUUAUACGUAAGGUUACCAUGAGUUGGAGCUGACUUGACAGCUACUAAAAACAACAGGGAUGGGUGAGGAUUGAAAAUUGUGUAACCGAAGUGUUUAAUAAAUGUUAGAUCUUAUUACCAGUAUCACCAUGUUAAUGACGGUGACCAGUUUCACCAUCCGUCCAUCUAUUCCUUAGGUAUCAAUUCAAUAAACAUUGAGUGCUUUCCGUGAGUUUUCAAAAAACUGAAAAAAUUAAUACAUGGCAUUAACAGGAUACAAACCAUAACCAUCAACACACAAAACCCAACAGA